AUGGAUAGUGUAGAAAAUAUCACAGUGUUUCAAGAAUGUAAAGUAAUUAAAAACAUUGAAAAAGAUAUUAAUGAAGAAACCAAUAUUGAUGAAGAAACUGAUGGAGAUGAUAUAAAAAUACCACGAUCACUAUUACUAAAUAUUAAUUAUGAUACUUUUCCAGAACCAUCAUAUAAUCCAUACAAGACUUGUGUUGAUAUAGUAGAUGAAUUGAAUGAAAAAUCAAUAGAUUUGUCAUUUAAACGACAAGUUGAAGAGGGCAUAUUGGGUGAUGUCUAUG